GUCGACGGUAGGAAUCGCCAGAGCAAACUAAGGCGCAGUGCUCACGGUCGCCGGUAGGGGCCACUAGAGGAGAGUUCGGCGCAGCAGCAUCAUCCGUGUGUGAGCGCCGUCAGCUCCAGUGAGGGAAACCAGGAGAAAACAACCGAGCUGACCUCGAUAGUGUACAGUGAGCAACGCGACGACAACCAACGGCAGACCCAGAGGAUAUACCUGCACACCUCGACAUGUAGCGGUCGUGUCUGAGCGGAUCGUGUCGUGGAGGACCAGAGAGCAGCCAUGUUGACACUGCCGCUUCGAACGCCACCGCUGUCGUCCUGUCUUCACCCCUCACCUCGCGUCACCUCCCUGCCCACCUAACUUCCCCCACCCGGAGCCUCCUGGUGGGAGGCACGGCUCCUCCUCCUCCUCCUCUUCGGGACCUACAGAAGAGGUCCUCUGCUUUCCAGGACCAUGUCUCCACGCUACCUACCUCACCACGUCCUAUCACUGCUCUUCCUCUGGGCCCUACACCCGCCCACAGAAGUCUCGGCUAACCUCUGCAGGGUGACGGGAGGCGUCCUGGGCAUGCACUGGAGCAGCGUCCUGGGCCUGGGCUGGAGGCCCCUGGCCCGGGGGAACGCUGGCGCCACCUGCUGGCAGUCCUGCUGCCUGUCGCCCAGCUGCGGCGCGGUGUGGAGCCUGGGGGGCCACUGCGUCCAGCUCAGCUGCUCCAGGGACCGGGGCUGCGCCAUCGUCUCCCUGCCCCAGCCCCACCAGGAGUCCCUGGGCCUGCUGCAGAUGCUGGACAAGGGCCCGGUGAUCCAGAAGCGAUCCGUGAGGCAGCGCCGAGCACACAGAACUCAUCCCCAUGUCAACACGAGGAGCACCAAGCUGGCCGCGCCGGAGCCCCCCGCCGUCGCUCUCCCUCCCACCACCCCCAAGAGCAGCAGCAGCAGCAGCAGCAGCAGCAGCAGCCUCGGCCCGUCGGCCAAUGGGAGCACAGAAGCCGCACCGCCGCCCGUCCGCACCCAGGCCCCGCCGGCGUCGAUGGGGCCGCCCGCCGAGGUCGUCGCGGCCUCCAACGCCACGGAGGGCGCGGAGGAGGACGUUGCCACGGUUACGGCGGCGCUGACCAACCCGACGGCGGCAGUGAGGGAGCUGGCGGUGUCGGCGGGGCAGAGCGUGGAGGUCAUCCUGCCCAACAACGAAGUGGAGCUCAACGCCUUCGUGGUCCCGGCCGCCAAGACCGGGUCCAAGUAUUCGUUUGACUGGCAUCUCAUCACGCACCCAAAGGACUCCAGCGGAGAGAUGGAGGGGAAGUUCAACAAGACGCUGAAGCUGAGCAGGCUGACGGUCGGCCUGUACGAGUUUGAGGUGAUCGUGGACGGAGACGGCGCCCGCGGCGAGGGCUACGUCAACGUCACGGUCAAACCAGAGCCCCGCGUCAACAAGCCUCCCGUCGCUGUGGUUUCCCCCACCUUCCAGGAGAUCACCUUGCCGACCAGCUCAACGGUGAUCGAUGGCAGCCAGAGCUCUGAUGACGACAAACUGGUGGCGUGGCGCUGGGAGGAGGUCAAAGGUCCCCUGAGGGACGAGAAGGUGACCGGAAACACGCCCAUCCUCACCCUCAGCCGACUGGUGCCCGGGAGCUACACCUUCAUCUUGACGGUGACCGACUCGGACGGAGUUCAGAACUCCACCCAGGCCACCCUGCUGGUGAACAAGGCCACGGACUACAAACCAGUGGCCAACGCAGGGCCCAACCAGGUAAUCACGCUGCCCCGUAACUCCGUCACCCUGUACGGCAACGAGAGCACCGACGACCACGAGCCCCUGAACUACGAGUGGUCCCUCAGCCCCCUGAGCAAGGCCAAGGUGGUGGAGAUGCAGGGUGUGCGCACGGACACCCUGCAGCUGUCCGCCAUGCAGGAGGGGGACUACACCUUCAAGCUGAAGGUGUCCGACUCGUCCGGGCAGCAGGACGUCGCCCUGGUCACCGUCAUCGUCCAGCCAGAGAACAACAAGGCCCCGGUGGCGGCGGCGGGCCCCGAGAAGGAGCUGACGCUGCCCGUGGACCGCACCGUCCUGGACGGCAGCAAGAGCUCCGACGACCAGAAGAUCACCACCUUCCACUGGAAGCAGAGCAGGUGUCGGUCCGACGGGGUGAAGAUAGAGAACGCGGAGGGGGCCGUUGCCACGGUGACGGGCCUCCAGGUGGGCAAGUACGAGUUCACCCUGACGGUGACGGACGACCGGGACCUGCAGAGCAGCGACACCGUGUCCGUCAUCGUCCGAGAAGAGCAGGACCUGCCCCCGGUGGCCCACGUCCUGCCCUGCCCCCCGGUGGCGCUGCCGGUGCGCACGGCCGUGCUGGACGGCUCGCGCUCCACCGACGACAAGGGGGGGGUCAGCUACCUGUGGAGCCGCGCCGAGAGCAGCCCCGCGGCCGGGCACGUGUUGAACGGGUCGGACCACCAGCCCGUGCUGUUCCUAGGCAACCUGGUGGAGGGGAAGUACACCUUCACUCUGACGGUGACCGACAGCAAGGGCCAGACCAGCGCCGACCGAGGGGUCCUGGAGGUCAAGCCAGACGUGUGGGCGCGUGAGGAGGUGGAGCUGGUGCUGGAGGUGGCCGUCUCCCAGGUGACCCAGCGGCAGCGCGACAUGCUGCUCCGCCAGGUGGGCGUCCUGCUGGGCGUGCUCGACAGCGACAUCGUCGUGCGCGACGGCGCCUUCAACGAGCGCAGCACCCGCCUGGUGUUCCUGGUCUCUGGGGGCCCGGGGCGCCCCCCGCUGUCGGGACACAGCGUGGCCAGGUUGCGCAACAAGCUCCGCAAGCAGAAGACCGAGUUCCUCAUCUUCAAGGCCCACCGGGUGGACACCGUCAUCUGCCAGCUGAACUGCUCGGGUCACGGGGCGUGCGAUGCCUUCACGAGGAGCUGUGUGUGUCAGCCCUUCUGGAUGGAGAACUUUGUGCGCACCCAGCUGGGGGACGGCGAGAGCAACUGUGAGUGGAGCGUGCUCUACGUCACCAUAGCCUCCUUCAUGAUCGUGGUUGCUAUAGCAACCAUCACAUGGGGCCUGGUGUGCUGCUGCCGCAGGCGCCGGAGCAGAGUCCGCCGGAGCAAGAGUCGCUACAAGAUGCUGGAGGCGGAGGAGCGGGACGGCCUGGAGCUGCAGCCCGGACGAGCAACUCGUCUGAAGGCGGUGCCGCCGCCCACCUCCUCCGCCCUCAUGCGCUCCGACUCGGACCUGGACAGCGACGACGGCCAGGGGGGCGUGGCCUGGGCCGACCGGGAGCGGGGCCAACUGCUGUGGCCCCAGAACGGGACGGUGCGGAACGGCCUGGGGCCCGCACGGGGCAAGAAGCCGCAGAGGGACGAGCUGCUAUAGCAGGCCAGGGGGGGGGGGGGGGUGCGCACGUGAGAGCGCACGUGAGAUCGCAGCUCUCUCUCCAAAAGCAUGUUCUUCCAACUCUCAACCUUCCAGUCCUUGUCUCCCCCUCUCUCUCUCUCUCUCUCCCUCUCCCCCCCUCUCCCCCUCUCUCUCUCUCUCUCUCUCUCUCUCUCUCUCGUUUUCUACACACAGACCCGCCCUCCCUCGCCCACGUGGAGACUGUAUUUAUUGAGGAAAUAGAGCGAGAGAGAGCGAGAGAGAGAGGGGGGGGGAGGAACGGCAACAUGCUGGAUCCAUGUUGAGCCUCCUGGCCUCCCACUGUGUCGACGGGGCGCCCCCUAGUGUCCAGGCUUCACCUCGCACCACUGAGCCAGUGCUGAGGAACACGCCUGACCAGAUCAGGGAGAAACCGAGACUUUAUAAACUAUUAUUAAUGACGUGGAGAUCAUUAGGACACUGAGAAUGUAGUGACACCUCUCCUGCCAGGGGGAAAAGAGCGGGGAAACUGAGCUCUUUAGAGAAAGUAUUUUGGGGAGGAAAAAAAAAAUGGAGAGAGGAGGAGGGGCCUACUUGACACGUUCACGCCCGCACUCUCGAGGACUCACGUGCACGCUCACGCACGUACUCCGGAGGCUUCACGUGCACGCUCACACCCGCAAUCUGGUGGCUUCACGUGCACGCUGACCGUCAGGCCAAGGGUAGGUGCUACCAGACACUGCCCAGACGAAUCCACCGACCGGUGGGGGUGCCGAUACAGUCGAGUGAAGGAGAAACGGGAUUUAAAAACAAAAUGCAACGAAAAAAACAACCAAAAUGGGAGCCACAAAAUGUCGCCUCGCUACACACGAACCAACGCCAAACUGUAUGAAUGUGCAUGUGGUGCGACCGAGUGUUUGGUGUUCUUGGUUCACUUUGAUAGAGAACACCGCAGACCGCAUGGGGGUCCUGAGUGUGUCGGGCCCAACCACGUUGUGGUGGCCGGCCGUGCUAUAGGAACGACUUGAACCUCGAAACCACUGUGUCACAUGUGUCACAUGACGUUGUGUCACACGACGUCACCACGUCUCACUCAUCGUCAACGUCGUCAACCACAAGGCAUUAUGGGAAUUGUAUUUAUUCCCUUUUGUUUGUUGGUUGAUUUUAAUCACUGGACUGCCAGAGUGGAGCCCUCACUGCAGACCCUCAUCUGCGGACCCCCCCCCUCUCCCCCACUGCGACCCCACAGAAGAGCCCUGCAGGGGGGGGGCCGGGACCAGGUGAACGAGGGUCUGUCUCCUCACAUUCCCUGAGACCCCGAUGAAGCUGGAGCCGUCGAUGAAGACCACCGUUUCGUUUUGCCAUUGGUUUGCUUUAACGUUGUGUUUCGCGUUGUAUUUUUUUCUUUUUGUUUCAUUUCCGUGUUUAUUUCUGUUCGGCUGUUUUCAUUCCCGCCCAUGCACUUUGUCUUCGGUUGCCAAGCGACGGCUGUAUCGAUCUGUUACCUUCCGUGUUUUCCUGUGUGAUGGAGUCAAUAUCAACUAUGACAAGGUCAAGGUCUCAAAUCUCUAUUUUGAGAUAGCUACAUAAUAUAUAUAUUUAUGCACAUUAGGCACGCCUUCCCAGAUCACAAGAUAAACUCAGCCAGAGUCCAGCCAGAGUCCCUUCGUUAAACUACUGAAGUGUUUGGAGUCAGUUGUUAGAAAGAGGGGGGGACCGACCAUACCUACCCUGUUACUGAUCAGCCCCGUGCUAACACAGCCCCCCGCUAACCACGCCACGCCUCACCUCAUGGCUGUGGAGCCCAGCUAACGCACAGGUUAGAUCAGCCUGGUCACACUGGUGUAUUGUUUUUAUCAAGACAAACUAGUCAGACUAACUAGUCAGAUGACUGGUCAGACCGACUAGUAAAGACUCCUAGUCAAGAUGUAUAGUCGGAUGACUAGUCAAGACAACUUGUCAAGACGUCUAGUCAGAUGACAUGUCAAGAGGACGAUUAGUCAAACUACGAGUGAAAUGUGUGAUUAGGCUAAUAUAACCUCUGAAUUAGCUGGGAUGAGACAACUGCAGCGUAGAACACAGUAAAACUGUCUAUCCGAUUCAAGAGGAUGUGAAUUUAUGUGUGAAUGGGGAAGCGGGUCUUGUGUCGAAGCUUCUGCUUUUCUUCCUUGUAGUCUCUGGUCGGUUCAUUUAUUUAUAUCCCACACUAUUAGAAGUGACCCAGCUCUACAACGAGUUCGGAAACAGGGUCUUAUAUUGCAGGGGGCGAGGCCGAAGAAGAGGUGCCCCUGGACUUUAGAUAGGUGAACCCCGUUCUUUAAUAUACCACUUCUCUGCUAACCUCUAGUAUAAGGACAACCGGACACAAAGACUGUGAAACUGGUUCAUGUGAAUGUGCAUCAGCGUUCCUUCUGGUAGUUGAUUGUUGGAAGGGUUCACACCUCCACAGAGCUGUUGUACACCGUUUACAAUCAGCGACCAGGGGUGUUUUUUUGUUUGUUGAUUAGAAAACACCUGUUCCUUGCUACAGAGUUCAUCUCAUGUCUUAUUUGUGUUGCCAAUGUUUCACUAGUUUUAUCCUCUUUUACUGCCCUACAGUGCGGCUCAGAGUCGAAGGAAUAAGGUCUGGAUGAAUGUUGAGGUGUCUUUGAACUAGGGAUCCAACACCUCAAGUAUACACACAUAAUUAGACGCGUUCUUUACCAGAAGGCCGACCGUCAAGGAUCGGGAGAGAUUUCAGUUUUGAUAGAUGAUGAAUGAAAUACUUCAGAAUUCAGUUAAAUAUAUUUACUUAAAACUAGUUCUAAAUGACUAAAAGGUUUGAUUAACCAAUCCAAGUAAGGAAUGAUAUGGGAGUCAUUAGUAUGCAUGGAUUAAAACUGAACUGUUCCUCAAAAGCUAAGAAUAUGAAGGAAAUAUACAAAUUGAAGGGAUACUGCAAUCAACUGAAUGUUAUGUUAUUUUGUUAACAUUUUUAGAUGAGAUUUUAUGGAAGGCUACCCUCACCCCUCACAUGUGUUAAGAGAGCUAAUGCAACCGGAUAAUCUGUACAUUAAAGUGAAAUACUUUUUCAA